GUCAACUGUCCAAAUGCCAAAAUCCAAAUUCAAUUUUGUAGUCACUGUAAAUGGAAAUAAUUUUAUAAUAUAAGAAAUAGCGUAACAUUGUUACACCACCUCUGUUAUUAUUCGAAUUUGAAGUGUGAAUGUUAUGAAUUAUUACGCUUAAUCCAUAAUCGAAGAAGGUUAUAAAAUCAACGGUUUAAUAAAAUACGAAUAACGAAACUACGAUGGCAUUAAAAUACGUUCGUCAGGCUUUUAAAACGAUAUGUAUUCGUGAGAGAUGUAGCCAUCAAAGAAUGCUAUGUACCAGCGAACCAGCUAGAUUGGGAAUGAUACCCAUCGUCGUUGAACAGACUGGAAGGGGCGAACGAGCAUACGAUAUUUAUUCAAGACUUCUACGCGAACGAAUUAUCUGCUUAAUGGGCCCUAUUAGUGAUGAAAUAAGUUCUGUAGUGGUAGCUCAACUCCUAUUUUUACAGUCGGAAUCUAGUAAGAAGCCAGUACACUUGUAUAUAAAUUCUCCAGGAGGUAAUGUCACAGCUGGCUUAGGUAUAUAUGAUACAAUGCAAUACAUAACUCCUCCGGUUGCAACAUGGUGUGUUGGUCAAGCAUGCAGUAUGGCUUCACUUCUCCUUGCGGCAGGGGCACCCGGCAUGCGUCACGCCUUGCCUAACUCUAGAAUAAUGAUCCAUCAACCAUCAGGAGGGGUAAGAGGUCAAGCGACAGAUAUUCAGAUUCAAGCAGAGGAGAUAUUGAAGUUGAAAGCUCAAAUUAAUGGAUUAUAUGUGCGUCACACUGGCUUGCCGAUUGAGAAGGUACAAAAUUCAAUGGAGCGGGAUUAUUUCAUGUCACCUUCGGAAGCUAAGACAUUUGGAUUGAUUGACAAUAUAUUGGAGCAUCCGCCAUCUCAGGCAUUGGAGGAUGAAGCUGCUGGUGGCCCCACUGCAACUUCUAGUGAAUAAUCUUUCUUAGUGAUAAUAUAAUUCUAUAAUGGCUUAGUUGAGGAGUUAAAUAUAAAUUUAUAUAUAUUUUAAAAAUUCU